CGUCAAUCAAAUGAGGACUGCCCAGCCGGUGGGCGGCACCCUUGACUACAUGGCCCCCGAGAUGCUCGACGACGAGAAUCCUGCCGGAACGUCCAAAAAGACCGACGUCUAUGCCUUUGCCAUCACCAUAUACGAGGUCUUCAAGAACGGACAACCCAUCUGGGUCACCCGGGACGGCCAGCCGAUGAGGGACCGGGCUAUCGAGUCGCAGGUCACCAGGGGGAACCGCCCCGCCCGCAUCGACGCCAUCCCCGACGACAUUUGGUCCCUCGUCGAGCGAUGCUGGCGCCAGGACCCCGGCGAGCGACCCACCUUUGCCGAAAUCCUCGCGGCCCUGGAUCCGUACAAGAACUAUACCGCGGCCCCGCCGGAGGCUCGUCCAAACAGCGAGCCUGCAUUCUCCAAGGCUGUGUCCAUCCAACCCAACGGGGCCGCCUCCAAAUCGUCCGUACCCCGGAUAGACCGGGGCUGGUCGAGCCAGUCGAGCCAGUCGAGCCGCUUCCGGCCUUCGCCUUUGUUGGCUGCCCUGGUGGCUGAUCUCGAGGCCCUUCCAAACAUCCCGCGGCUGCUUCUCCAGCGUGCCCGACAGGGAGAAAUCAAGUCCUGCUUCGACAUUGCCCGCCUCAUCUCGGAGGGCAAGCCCGCGACCGACCCGCUGUGGGGCACGGCCGCUCGCCUCUACCAAGUGGCUGCCGACAAAGACAACCUCGAGGCCUUUUUCCACCUCGGGUGGCUGCACCUCACCGGCAUCGGCACGACCCAGAGCGAUGUCGACGCUCUCACCUACUGGACCGAGGUCAGCACCAAAUCGACCGAUGCGGUGCACCAGCCCAUCGCCACGAUGAUGGCUGGCUGGCUUCAUCACCUGGGCCGCGGAACCCGGCAGGACAAGCGCAGAGCCGCCGAGCUCAUGCGCCAGAGCCGAAGCGACAAGUUCACUCUCGGCGAAAGAAUCGUGAGCGGCUCGUACGCCGCCUCGUGCGACUCGCCUGCAGCCGUUGCCCUGUUCCGCCUGUGCCAGUUUGGUUCGCCCCGGGACUGGUUGUGCGAACACAUUCAGGCCAUCUGCCAUCUCCGCGGCUUUGGCACUUCCAAAGACGAGAAGCAGGCCGUGGCCAUCCUGGAAAAGCUCGCCAACCAAGGCCACGACGACAGCCAGCAUAUUCUCGGCAAGUGCUACGGAUAUGGAUGGGGCGUGGCCUCCAGCAGCGCCCACUCGUUCCCGUGGUACUCCAAGGCGGCAGACCAGGGCAAUCUCUAUGCCCAGAACAUGGUCGGCCGCUGCCUGCAGGACGGCUCUGGUGUCCCCAAAGAUCCGCUCAAGGCGGCCGAGUGGCUCCGCAAGGCCGCCGAGCAGGGCAAUUCGGAUGCCCAGAGCAACCUCGGCUGGUGCUACCAGCAUGGCAGCGGCGUCGCCCAGGACUUCACCAAGGCCAUUGACUGGUACAACCGGUCGGUCGAUCAGGAGAACCGGUACGGCUGCUACAACCUGGCCUAUUGCUUCCAGAAUGGCAUUGGCGUCGUCAAGGACAACACCCGGGCCUGCGAGCUGUUCAAAAAGUCGGCCGAGCUGGACUACUCCCUCUCCCAAAGCAACCUGGCCGAGUGCCUCGAGAAGGGCCUGGGUGUCCCCAAGGACAUUGAGCUGGCCGUCUUUUGGUACCACAAGGCUGCUGCCCAGGGGAACAGCCAAGCAAAGCAGCGUCUGCAGGAGCUUGGCCGAUAGAGAGAUGGAUCGAGGACCGCACCCGAUCCUCUCGAGUCCUUGGAUGGGGUCGUACUCGAUGCUGCACCGCAUCACACUAGAUAA